AUCAUUCUGCACUUACUGAUAAAUAGCCCAACGUCCAUCAGCUUGUGUAGUUGCAGCCUGAUCAGUCAACCGUUCCACCAGCCAGUCCACUGGUCAAAAUGUCCACGAGGAUCCUGUCCAUCACUCUCCUGCUCUGUGUGUGUCUGUGCUUCCAGUCCUGUGCAGGAAACUUGCGCCAUGCUUACCGAAGGUUUCCACCUCCAUGCUGCGUUAAUGUCUCCACUGCUAACAUCAGCCACUUUGUGACUGGGCACACAUAUCGUGAACAGUCUGCCCAACCUCCCUGUGUGAAGGCUAUACUUUUUAACACAAAACAGGGACAGGUCUGUGCUGAUCCCAAAGUUGAAUGGGUCCAGAAACUUGCUGCCAAUAUGACGAAGCUGUGAAACCUCGUCGCCUCCUGCUGCUGUUUCGAAACCCCCACCACACACACAGAGCAACAUGUUUAUACACCCUCAUAUUUCACAGUAUUACUCCCCCUGAAUGCGCUUCCAGCUGAGCUCAAACAUAUGUGCAGAAAUAGUAAUAUGAAGCAAUAAAUAUAUUUUGCGUCCCAAACCAUAAAGUCCUCUUUUUUUUGUUUGUUUUCUCAAUUCAUGUUUAAUUCACAAUGAUACAUUUUGUUGAUCAUGGGCUUCUCAAAGGUCACGUCAAGUAACUUGAUUUCUUAAAUGAAACCUAACCCUAGAAAUUUACUGCUAUCUUGACAAAGAAAGACCCUGCAAAUAAAGACGAAGAGAUAGAUCAGUUCAGACACUUUGGGAGGGAUCAACACAGAGUCAGUGGAAAGAGGAAAAACACAGUUCUUUGGAACUGGGUUUUUUUUAAGUCGAUUACUUCUUUAGAAGUUGACUUAUCAUACUCUAAUCCUAUAAUAGCACUUAUCACUGUGGGUUUUAAGUGAAUCAAUAGGAAUGGACGUAAUGUAACGAAGCAAAAAUAGCCAAAAGGUGAACACAUUGUCUGUGGAACUUUUUUAAAGCAAGCAAGUUCUUCCAAAGGAGGAAAAUGAGCCACCAUUUCUGCAACUGUGCCGACUGUGAGCAUAAAGCACCAAGAAAUCUUCUUCUUCCACUGCGACUCACAAUGUUUCCUCUGAAGGUUCUUUCUUUGCUCUCAAAGCUUAUUCCACCGCUGCUGUUGCACAGCUGAAUGCUUAUUGAAUAAAUAUCUACAA